CGAUUGUAUACGUGUUCUUCUUCUUUUACUUGACAAAUAAUUAUGUUUGAAAAGUCCUUGACUGACCUUAUACGAGGUAUCAGGGCCAACAAAAAAAACGAGCAAAAAUACAUUGCUGCUUGCUUACAAGAAAUUCGUAAUGAAGUCAAGUCUAAUGAUCUCGAUAUAAAGUCAAAUGCUGUUGCCAAAUUGACCUAUGUAAAGUUAUACGUGUUUCUUAUAAAGAACCCUUUUUUUUUCUGAUGUUUAUUGCUAGCUUCAUAUGCUUGGUUAUGAUAUGUCCUGGGCCUCUUUUCAUAUGGUAGAAGUUAUGUCUAGUUCAAAGUAUACCCAUAAACGUACAGGUUAUUUAGCAGCUAGUCUUUCCUUUCAACAAGACACAGACGUGCUCAUGUUGACUACAAAUUUGAUCAAGAAAGAUUUGGCUGCCCCUUCUGUGGUUGAUAUCGGUACAGCCCUCAGUGGUCUUUCCCAUAUUGUCACACCAGAUUUAGCUAGAGAUUUAUCCCCUGAUUUAGUCAGCAUGUUAAACCACUCUCGGCCUUACAUUCGAAAGAAAGUUGUACUAGUACUCUACAAGAUCUUCCUCAAGUUCCCUGAAGCAUUACGUUUGAGUUUCCCUCGUCUUAAAGAAAAGUUGGAGGAUCCUGAUCCAUCUGUUGUCUCGGCUGUCGUAAGCGUUGUUUGUGAACUAGCCCGUAAAAAUCCCAAAAAUUAUUUGUCACUUGCCCCUCAAUUGUUUAAGCUGUUGACCACUUCGUCCAAUAACUGGAUGUUGAUCAAGAUCAUCAAGUUGUUUGCUUCUUUAACCCCUCUUGAACCAAGACUCAUUAAGAAACUAUUACCUCCAUUGACUUCCUUGAUUCAAACAACGCCUGCGAUGUCUCUGUUGUAUGAAUGUAUCUAUACUGUCAUUACAGGCGGAUUUUUAGAAGCUGCAGGCGAUGCAGGUAAUGCUUUAGCAGCUACUUGUACAAACAAGUUGCGUCGAUUCCUCGAAGAUCCUGAUCAAAACCUGAAAUAUGUGGGUUUGUUGGCUAUGGGAAAACUACUGGCUACCCAUCCCAAACUUGUUGCUGAACAUAAAGACAUUAUCUUGGAAUGCAUUGACGAUGAGGAUAUCAGUAUUCGCUUACGUGCUUUGGAUUUAGUGGUAGGCAUGGUUAACCGCAAGAACAUUAUGGAUAUUGUCAAACGUUUGAUUGUACACAUUAUGCCCAAGGAUCAAUUUUUGCAUCACCAACAGGAAUCAUUGCAUGAUUCUUCUACUAUUUUUGACCCUGCUUAUCGUACAGAUAUCAUUCACCGUAUCAUAUUUAUGUGUUCGCAAAACCAUUAUCACUACAUUCAUGAUUUUGAGUGGUACUUGUCUGUGCUGGUCGACAUUACUUAUGCUGCUGGUGUGAAUGUGGGCGAUAUGUUGACAAAUCAAUUGAUGGAUGUCAGUGUGCGAGUCAAGAGUGUACGAGAAUACUCUGUAAAGCAAAUGUAUCAUUUGCUACAAGACAAACAGUUUUUGGAAACAGCUAAAAAACGAGAUGCCAACAUUGAAGUCUUGUCUGCUGCUGCAUGGAUCUGUGGUGAAUAUUGCAAUUAUUUAGAAGACAUUCCCUCUACACUCGAAUGUUUGUUGACUCCUCAAGUAACAAAGUUGCCUGUCAAGGUACAGACUAUCUAUGUUCAUAGUGUGAUCAAAAUCUUUGCUUACUGGACAACUGAACUGAUUCCUCAAUGGAAUGCUGAACUCCAAGGCGAAUUCAUCAAAGUAACUCAGGUGAUGCAUGAUAAAAUGGACAUGUUUACUCACAGUGCUGAUUUGGAAGUGCAAGAGCGGGCUUAUGAUGUCAAGUCUUUAUUUGCUUUAAUUCUGGAUGCAGUUCAGAGCAGCACAGAUCAAGUUCCUUCUGUGCUUGAGGGUUUGCCUGAAUUGUUCUUUAUUUAUGAAUUGAACCCCGUGGCGCCUAAGGCUCAAUCAAAAGUGCCUGUGCCUGAAGGUCUUGAUUUAGAUGCUUGGAUCAAUGAACCCUUACCUGAUUUAAUUCAAGACUUGGAUUCAGAUGAUGUUGAAGAACCUAAACAUGUCUCUGUUCAAAAGAAGCAUCGUAAGAAAAAAUCAAGCAAGUCUGCCCAUUAUGAGAGCAGCCAAGACGAAGAAGAGAAAGAAAAGCGCCGUGCUAUCAGAAGAGAAGCUCGCAAGAAUGAUCCUUACUAUAUUGGUGGUGAUACAAGCAACAGAAAACUUUUGGAAUUGGACGACAGUGACAUUGAAUCGAUUCCCGUGGUAGAACUAAGCUUGGAUGAUAUUAAGAAAUCCAGUACUGCUAAGAAAUCAUCCAAGCGCUCUGCUAAAAAGCCUGUUGCUCGUCCUGUUUAUGCUGAAGAAGAAAUGCCUGAAGAUGCCGUUGUCUCUGACGAAGAAAAACAAAAGAAGAAAAAGAAGGGUGUUGUCUACACUAAAAAGUCUACUCGUGAUAUCUUUGAGAAUAAUGAAGAACAGGGCUUGAAUAAUGUUGACUUGAACACACCUUUGGGUGAAGAUGAAAAGUUCCAAGCUCCUCGGACUUAUCUUAGCCCUGAAGAACUUCGCUUAAAGGAAGAAGCUCGCUAUAGAGCUGAACGCAAACAACUCAAAGCACUUCAGAGAAAGAACAAGGAAGUUUUGGAAAUUAAAAAGAAAUCAACCAAGUCUUCUUCUUCUACUACUCAACCAGAAAAGAAAAAGAAAAAGAAGUCCACAAGCAAAAAAUCUGCCAAGCAAAAGCAAGAAGAAGAGGAGCAAAAGUUGGCAGAAGAAGAUUUAUCUGUCAAUGCGGAACAAGUACGGGAUGUAGUCAAUCAAGAAGAAAAUCGCCACUUAAAGCCUAUCCAAGUCUUCAGUGAUGAUCAGAUUUCUUUAAUGGCCACAUUGAGUUUACUUGAUCAAGAAACACCUACCAUUUCCAUUCAAUUUGUGAUGGAAAACAAGAGUGCUGAAACAAUGCUUCCUAGUGCUCAUAUGGAGUUUGCACAGUCCUUUGAUUUAACCUGGGUUGAAAACACAGAUACCAAUGUUGCAUCUGCUACUGAGCAUUUUGAAUUACAAGCUAAUGAAAAGGUCGAAUCAAAGGCUUGUUUUGAAGUCAAGGGCAAUGCUAGAAAGGGGCUUUGUCUUCGUGGUGAUUUGUUUUAUGAUGUAGAGAAUUCAUCUGCUCUGCAUCAAAAUGCCUUUGAAUUACCUAUACCUGUCAGUUUAUUCUUGUUACACGAUGCUUUGAUGGAUCCUAGCGUAUUUGCCAGUAUGCUAGCAGAGCGUGGUAACGAAUUUGAAUACCAUGCUCAUAUCACCAUUGAUGUGCCCCUUUCCAAAGAAGAGUCGAUGCAAGAUGCUAUUAUUCGUGCUUUCGAGAUUGUCACACGUACUUCUGGUCUAGCUGUCGUGGAAGUGAUUGCUGGUGCUGCUUCAUUGUAUGGUAAAAGUAUUCAAGGUGUCCAAGUGGCUGGUUUGCUUAAAUGCAACUUGCAAACAGAACAAGAAUCUGCUAAUUUAGAUAUUGAUUUAAAGAGUACAGAAGAAGGAUUGUUAGAAGGCUUGGUCUAUGAAUUAGAAAAUGUACAAGUAGUGUAAAAUAAACUAUUUUUUUGGACUGCA